AUGGGCGGCCGGGCUCUGCCGGCGCCGCUGCUGCUGGGGCUGCCGCUGCUGCUGGGGCUGCCGGCGGCGGGGCGCGCCGCUUCCAAGGGGCUGGUGUGCCAGGAGAUCACGGUGCCGAUGUGCAAGGGCAUCGGCUACAACCUCACCUACAUGCCCAACCAGUUCAACCACGACACGCAGGACGAGGCCGGGCUGGAGGUGCACCAGUUCUGGCCGCUGGUGGAGAUCCAGUGCUCCCCGGACCUGCGCUUCUUCCUCUGCAGCAUGUACACCCCCAUCUGCCUGCCUGACUACACCAAGCCGCUGCCCCCCUGCCGCUCCGUCUGCGAGCGGGCCAAGGCCGGCUGCUCGCCCAUCAUGCAGCAGUACGGCUUUGCCUGGCCCGAGAGGAUGAGCUGCGACAGCCUGCCGGUGCUGGGGGACACCGAGGUGCUCUGCAUGGGCUACAACCACACGGAGGCCACCACCUUGCCGCCUUUCUUCGGGAAGCCCACGCGCCCGGCCAAAGACACAGCCAAAAACCUGACGCCGCUCAGUGGGCAGCGCCCCGCGGGGACGGAGUGUGGGCAGACUUGCAAGUGCAAAGCGCCGCUGAUCCCCAUCUCCAAGGAGUCCCAUCCGCUGUACAACCGUGUAAGGACCGGGCAGGUGGCCAACUGCGCCAUGCCCUGCUACCAGCCCUACUUCACCCAGGAUGAGAAGACCUUCGCCACCUUCUGGAUUGGCCUCUGGUCCAUCCUCUGCUUCCUGUCCACCUCCACCACCGUGGCCACCUUCCUCAUUGACAUGGAGCGUUUCAAGUACCCCGAGCGCCCCAUCAUCUUCCUCUCUGCGUGCUACCUCUUUGUCUCUGUGGGCUACAUCGUGCGGCUGGUGGCAGGGCAUGCCAACGUGGCUUGCAAUCCUGAGCACCACCACAUCCACUACGAGACCACAGGCCCCGCGCUCUGCACUGUGGUCUUCCUUCUCCUCUACUUCUUUGGCAUGGCCAGCUCCAUCUGGUGGGUCAUCCUGUCCCUCACCUGGUUCCUGGCUGCCGGCAUGAAGUGGGGCAACGAGGCCAUCGCUAGCUACGCGCAGUACUUCCACCUGGCCGCCUGGCUCAUCCCCAGCGCCAAGUCCAUAGCUGUGCUGGCACUCAGCUCUGUGGAUGGUGAUCCAGUGGCUGGGGUUUGCUAUGUGGGCAACCAGAGCCUGGAGAACCUGCGGGGCUUCGUGCUGGCGCCACUGGUGGUUUAUCUGUUCACUGGCAGCCUCUUCCUGCUAGCCGGCUUCGUCUCGCUGUUCCGCAUCCGCAGCGUGAUCAAGCAGGGUGGCACCAAGACCGACAAGCUGGAGAAGCUGAUGAUCCGCAUUGGCAUCUUCACUGUACUCUACACCGUGCCUGCCACCAUCGUCAUCGCCUGCUACAUCUAUGAGCAGCACAACCGGGAGGCGUGGGAGCAGGCACAGAACUGCUCCUGCCCAGGGGACCCCCACCGCCCCAAGCCCGACUACGCUGUCUUCAUGCUCAAGUACUUCAUGUGCCUUGUGGUGGGCAUCACCUCUGGCGUCUGGAUCUGGUCUGGCAAAACGCUCGACUCUUGGAGGCGCUUCACAGCCCGCUGCUGCCGGCCCAGGAAGCCCGCGGGUGCUGCUGCAUACGGCGAGGCCAGCCCGGCGCUGGCAGGCAGGACGGUGCUGCCCAGCAUGGCCUCCUACCACAAGCAGGUCCCACUGUCCCAUGUGUGA